AUGUCCAACAGCAGCUCCAUCAGCCACUUCCUCCUGCUGGCAUUGGCAGACACGUGGCAGCUGCAGCUCCUGCACUUCUGCCUCUUGCUGGGCAUCUCCCUGGCUGCCCUCCUGGGCAACGGCCUCAUCAUCAGCGCCGUAGCCUGUGACCACCACCUGCACACGCCCAUGUUCUUCUUCCUGCUCAACCUGGCCCUCAGCGACCUGGGCUCCAUCUGCACAACUGUCCCCAAAGCCAUGCACAAU